ACAAGAAAUUACAAGACGACAAAGCCACCUCUCGCGCAUUGUCGACGCUAAACAACGUUGCCCAUGAAUGAAACAAAACUUCUUUUCCUUCAAACCACACUCUCUUUUACCUCUCUCCCUUUGAAGUUUACGAAGAAUAUAAAAACCCUGAACAGGCUUGGGGUUCCGUCAAGUUGAACCGGCCAGCCCGCCUGCAAAUCCUUGAAAUUUCCGUGAGAAUUUUUGUGGGUUUUUGCUCAAUUACGAAACCCAGUAAGCCUUUUCCGGCUCUUGCCGUAUUUGAUUUCAAUUUGCGAUAUUUUUACUACCCUUUUGGGGAUUAGCUCGUCACUUUUUGUUUGGUUUUAGCUUGAUUUUGUUGUUGUAUCUUGUGAAGUGUGUUUUGUGGCUUCCAUCUUUUUUGUUUGUUUGGUGGAAGCAAUGGUUCAGGAUGAUGGAUCAUCUUCUGUAACAUCAUCUCCACUUCAAUUUUUUUCAAUGAUGUCACCUAGUUUAGGAUCACCAUAUCCAUGGCUUAGAGAACUCAAGUCUGAGGAGAGGGGUUUGUAUUUGAUUCAUUUGCUGAUUACUUGUGCAAAUCAUGUGGCAUCUGGUAGUCUUGAGAAUGCAAAUAUUGCCCUUGAGCAGAUAUCAUUCCUCGCUUCGCCUGAUGGGGAUACAAUGCAGCGAAUUGCUGCCUAUUUUGCAGAGGCUCUUGCUCAUAGAAUCCUUAAGGCUUGGCCUGGUCUUCACAGAGCACUUAAUUCAACUAGGAUUAGUUUGGUUUCCGAAGAAAUUCUCACCCAGAGACUGUUUUUCGAGAUGUUUCCAUUCUUGAAAGUGGCGUAUGUGCUUACAAACCAAGCUAUAAUUGAAGCCACGGAAGGCGAAAAGAUGGUUCAUGUUAUUGAUCUUUAUGCUGCUGAGCCUGCUCAGUGGAUUGCACUUCUUCAAGCUUUGAGUACUAGGCCAGAAGGGCCACCUCAUCUGAGAAUUACAGGGAUUCAUCCGCAGAAGGAGGUGUUGGAUCACAUGGCGCAGAGAUUGACAGAAGAAGCGGAGAAAUUGGAUAUACCAUUUCAAUUUAAUCCGGUUGUAAGCAAAUUAGAGAACCUUGAUGUUGAAAAAUUGAGAGUUAAAACUGGGGAGGCUCUGGCUAUCAGCUCAGUUCUUCAACUGCAUUCACUUUUGGCGAUGGAUGAUGAAGUCCUGCAGAAGAGAUCCUCUUUAGCAUCAAGGAAUGCAAAUGGUAUUCAUUUGCACAGAGCGCUCCAAAUGAGCCAAAGCAAUCUAGGGGAGUUGCUUGAGAAAGAUCUGGCAAACAGGUAUAGCGCAAGUCCUGAUUCAGCCUCAUCUUCACCACUGUCUCCAAAAGCCUCGGUAAAGAUGGAUAGUUUCCUCAACUCGUUGUGGGGAUUGUCACCAAAAAUCAUGGUAGUAACAGAACAAGACUCUAACCAUAAUGGUUCGACCGUCAUGGAGAGGCUUUUGGAGGCUCUAUACUCUUAUGCAGCCUUGUUUGAUUGCUUAGAGUCUACUAUGCCAAGAACAUCAUUGGAGAGAUUAAAGGUGGAGAAGAUGCUAUUCGGAGAGGAAAUAAAGAACAUUAUAGCAUGUGAAGGAUCCGAGAGGAAGGAAAGGCACGAGAAACUUGAAAAGUGGAUUCAACGUCUAGACUUUGCAUGCUUCGGAAAUGUGCCUUUGAGCUCCUGUGGCAUGUUGCAGGCAAGAAGAUUACUGCAGAGCCAUAACUGCGAUGGCUACCGAAUCAAGGAAGAAAACAGAUGUGUGCUAAUUUGCUGGCAAGACCGACCUCUAUUUUCAGUUUCAGCUUGGAGAAGUAGGAAGUAAGGCUGGAAAUCAAUAGUCAUCUUUGUGUUCUUAGAUUUUCAUGUUUUUCUUUCUAUGCAAUGAUUUUGUGUGCAUAGUCUUUCCUAGACUUAAUUUGUUUAAUACUUCUUAUUUACAUCAUCUAAUGAAACUCAAUACUGAUCUUUACUGCAUCUA